AUGCCUUUCGUGGAGCGAGUGGUGGAACCGACGUUUCUUUCGAGAACGAGUUUACGGGAUGAGAACGGCAAGCAGAAGGUCACAGAUGAAGAACUUCAAGCUGUGACGAACUGUACCCUGAGCAAUGCUCUCCGUCAACUCGCUUCGCUGGUCCUCUUGGCUGAGGACAUAUUCAGUGAGCUGACAGGACAGUUGGAAGUCAUAAGAGAACGUUCGAAGACUGCCCAGGCUAAGAUCGAGACAAUCAGUGAGCUAGUCGAGAAGUAUGACCCGAAGAAAGUGCCAGUCCACAUGAUAGAGUCGUUGUCAAACUUCUCGCCCCGCAACAAGGCACGCGGUAUUAAUCAAGCGAAAAAGUCAUGUGUUGCUAAAAUUAAUUACGCUCAUAAUAAAAACAGACACCUAUUGGUAGCCACAAGGCGGUGUCACCUUACGUCCCCAAUAAUACCUUUCCUCGGAUCGGUGUAG